UUUUUUCAUAAAAAUAAAAUAAAUUUAGAAUCUUUUCAUAAAAUGCUGAAAAUUCCCCAAUAAUGCCUCGCUUUCUUCUCUUCGUCGCUUUCCUCCUCUUCCUCGUCGUCUCCGCCGCCGCUCACGGCGGCCACGACGACGACGAUGCCGACUCCGGCGGCGAAUCCGAGAAGCCUGACCUGAGAUCUCGGCCGUUGAUUUUGGUGAAGAUAUGGUGCCUGAUUAUCGUGUUCGUGGGGACUUUUGCGGGAGGGAUUUCCCCUUAUUUUUUGAAGUGGAACGAGGGGUUCUUGGUGCUGGGAACGCAGUUCGCCGGCGGCGUGUUUCUGGGGACGGCUCUGAUGCAUUUCUUGAGCGACGCGAAUGAGACUUUUGAGGAGCUGAGUGAUAAAGAGUACCCAUUUGCGUUCAUGCUCGCCAGUGCGGGAUAUCUUCUCACCAUGUUUGCCGAUUGUGUGAUUUCCUAUGUUUAUAGCAAGCAAAUUAAUGUAUCUGAUAAACCCGCCGCCGAUCUUGAGCUCCAAGGGAACACCGAGGGUAGAAAUUUCAAUGGAAUUGGGACCACCCAUCCACAAUCACAGGGCUGUGAUGGCAACGAAAGCCAUUUCUUGCACGCAUCUUCACUGGGUGACAGUUUGCUUCUGAUAUUCGCGCUGUGUUUCCAUUCAGUCUUCGAAGGGAUCGCCAUUGGAGUAGCAGACACCAAAGCGGAUGCAUGGAAGGCGCUUUGGACAGUCUGUUUGCACAAAAUAUUUGCAGCUAUAGCAAUGGGGAUAGCACUGCUCAGAAUGAUCCCAAAUCGCCCGCUCUUAUCCUGCGUAGCUUACUCGUUCGCGUUCGCCAUCUCCAGCCCAGUGGGCGUCGCCAUCGGGAUCAUAAUCGACGCCACAACUCAAGGUGCAGUGGCAGACUGGAUUUACGCCAUCUCCAUGGGCAUUGCCUGUGGGGUUUUCAUUUAUGUUUCGAUUAACCAUCUGCUCUCCAAGGGUUACAAGCCCCAGAAGACGGUCGGUGUCGAUAAGCCUCAUUUCAAGUUCAUGGCUGUUCUCCUGGGCAUUGGAGUCAUUGCAAUUGUCAUGAUCUGGGACACCUGAGCUUUACCACAACCUGCUUGUAUUUGGGUCUGUAAUAAAGUUUCUUCCACUAUUCAUUCUUGUAAAAUCAGCUUAAUAUAGAGCAUAGAAAGACAGUGAUUCGUAUAUUUAAUCCAUGUGAGCUUUUGUCCCUGA